CCAAUGCGGUCUUCAAUUUCUUUGGGUUUUCCGACGCGGAGUCCGAUGUAGCAUGUGAGCAGCCAUCGUCAUCGAUUUGAGCUUCGUCAGCAAUGGUUUAAUCUACCGCUUGACCUAGAUUUCAACUAUGCGAUUGGUCCCAACACUACGGCAGCGGAAAUGGUUCCUAGUCGUCUGGGCAUCUGGACACCAUUCGGAUCGUGGACAUCGCCUGUUAUUAGCACCGGCGGGGCGACCUCGGAUGUGAAUGCUCAAAUCGGCAAUUUGCGGCUGCCAGAAGGAAAUCACACCAUCUGCGUCCAAGUCACGAAUUGGGUGGGCAUGCAAUCCAUGGCUUGCCAAAAUGGUUAUGUCGUCGACACGACGCCUCCAAAAGGCUCCCUUUGGCUUGAACACGGAAAUGAUCCCGCUUCACCUGGCGAUAUUAUAAUCCAUUUCGAGUACACAGAUAACCUUUCAGGGGUACAAUAUGUGCGAGUCGGGCUCGGCGACGGAUACGUACCGAUCUACAAGGAGUUUUUUACCAUUGAGGUCCCCACGAAUCCCAACACGACAACAUAUAUGUUCACUAUCGAUCAAUCUUUGGCCGGGGUGCUCAUUUACGGGCAAUUGAACCUGGUUGAUUUUGCGGGCAACCAGUUUUUCACAGCUUCGGAGCAACCCAUUAAAGUGGAUUUCUUCCCGCCUAUCGCUGGCAGUGUUUUUGAUGGACCAAGACUUUGGAUACAAACGAACUAUAUUGACAACGCUACGGCACUUUCGUGCAGCUGGACAGCAUUUAUCGACACUGUGAAUGGGAUCGGUCGCUCUGAAGUAUCGUUCGGUUUCUCUCCCGGUUUAACGGACGUCAUCCUCUGGCAAGACGUCCCUGUCACCGCGUUCAACACUACUCUCGCGGUCCCGUCGAACGUUACCGUUGGACAUCGCAGCAUUGUGUUCUGCAACGUUCGAGCGUGGAACAACAACGGAAACGCCUCCCAGGCCACCGUCAAUUCUGGCAGCGGCACUCUCGUUGAUUUGACGGCCCCACUCUCUUUUAACGCGACAGUCAAAACCGGUGGCCUCUCAGCGUACCAGUUCCAACGGUCUUAUAUAUCCCUGGAAUGGACGGCGGCCCAGGACGGGGAAAGCGGCAUUGCUGAGUACAGAGUAUCCGUCACAGACUAUUCGAACAACAAUACUUUGUAUGAAGACGCCGUCGUGGACUAUCAGGAUCCACGGAAACUGUCGACGGUCCUGUUCGGUGUGCCCCUCUUCCAAGGUUCUCGGUUUUACGCUACGAUCACGGCCUACAAUGGAGCGUCGAACACCACGGCAUCUCGUACUCAGGUGGUCACGAUCGAUGAGACGUCGCCUAUCUUGCAAUCCCUCUCUUAUUUGGGCAGGAAUUCCAGUGGCCUUGCGCUCUACGUGACUGAUCGUUCUAGCGUUCCCAUUCUUUGGUCUUGGGAGGAUCCGGAGUCAGGGAUUGAUCCUACGACCAUCAAGUGUCUUCUUUUCCAGAUGAUCAACGGCGAGGCGAUAGAAGUUCCUGGCGCCAACGCGAACGCAACCUUGCAAGGCUGUACCAUUCGUGCAACUCCAGCGCUCGUUGAAGGGACGACCUACAUUGUCUCGGCGGCGGCCGGAAACGGCGCCGGUUUGGUAUCCACGGCGGAACUGCCUCUAAAGAUCGUAAUCAACCCGCCGAAGUUCGUCUCUGCUGGAACUGGGAGCUCUGUAAUCGGUCAAACAACGCUCCCGAGAACUACCGAUCAUGGAUCCCUGCGGGGAUGGUUUACGUUCCAGGAUGCCUUCGCGCCCAUAACGGGCUAUGAGGUUGCUUUUGGCAGUGGCCCCGGACUAUCGGAUUAUGCCGCUUUCACAACCGUUCGUCAGCCUUACGUGGUUGUGCCGCAUCCAUUGAUUGACGAGCAAGUCUAUUUCAUGAGCGUGCGAGCGAUCAACGCUGCUGGACUCGUCUCAGGGAUCCGAAACCUCACCGAAGGAACGACGGUCAAGCCGGGCGCACGUCCCGGUGUAGUUUUCAUCGGUCCAGAUCCGAAAAGGAGUGUAGAUUUCCAAGCUGAAAAUGAUGUACUGAGCGCAACUUUUAACAAUUUCACUCACUCACUACCCGGGGCUUUCUACGAAUGGUCUUUGGGAACGAUCCCCGGCGGGACUGAUCUCGUGGACUACACGACCGAAUGUCUCCUCAUCCCUUCCAAAGAGAAAAGUGGACAAAUCUUGUACUCCGCCAUCUCGCUAUCUUCGGGGCAAUAUUAUUAUCUCACGGUGCGCGCCACAUUCGGCGGAGUGUUAGGGACGGACAUUAUAUCCGUUACGUCCAAUGCGUUCAGGGUGAUUGAUCAGGCACUGCCGAAGCCUAUUGUCAACAUCGCGACGGUGUCGAAAUACAUCACGAACCAGACUUCUUCCAUCGUGCCAGUCUCCUGCUCGACGACGGCGGAUAGCCUCGGAAGUGCAAUCGGCCAGCUCUCGAUAGUAUGUGGUACUGCCCGGAACCAUGCGGAACAAGUUUCCACCUCGCCAAACCAGUCUCUUACUACAACCGCCGAGCAAACAAGUGCUACAUUGAGCUCCGUCCUGGAUCUCGGCGAGUUUGCCCCUGGCGCCGGAAUCUUUUGUAGAUGCGUUGCCGUCGAAAGGAACACGGGCUUCGUCUCGAGCGAAUUUACUGGACCUCUCGCUAUCGAUAGCACCCCACCGAUUCCUCCUGCAGAUCUUAUAUGCAGUCCAGCGAUCGUUUCGCCCGGCAGCCCCAUCUUUUGCGAUUGGGGAUCCUUCGUCGAUGCGGAGAGCGGGAUUGACCAUGUUGAGAUUGCACUUGGCACGUCUCCCGGCGGGUCGGAAAUCACAAAUCGUAUCAACGUGACUGGGACGUACUUUGUCUUUGACUCCUCCAAGUACAGCAUGGACAGGCAGACCGCUCGCUACUUCGUGACACUUUGGGGCACAAACUCCGUCGGCUUGCAAACCCCCGUUAUCACUUCCGUGAAUGUGGACUUUACUGAGCCUCUGGUAUCACCCGAAAAUCUGUAUGUGGUGAAACCGCUGGGUAGAGGUCUCCAAAAAGACACAGAAGGAUUUUUCAUCGCCGAACUGGAAGAAUCGACGGACUGCCUACGUGAAACUUCGCGUGUCCAAGUGCGUUGGGAUGGAGUAUUCAAUGACCCCGAGAGUGGAAUGAAAUCUUAUCGAAUCGCCAUCAAAGGUCGACGCUUGGAUGACUCAUUGUCACCAGGUGAAGUCCUUCUGGAUUGGGUGGAAAAGGGAAAUGCUACAUCGGGGGUAUUCAACCUGAACAAGCGUGCUGUGCACGGCAUGCAGCUGUCUGUUAUUCUGCAGGGAACUAAUGUGGCAGGUUUGACGUCAAUGGUCGAAUCAAAACCAGUGGGUGUUGCCAAUCAGGGGCCCAAAGUCCUCUGGGUCGGGCAAUCGUUGAGCAAUACGGACGAUGGGGAGACCUUUUCCCUUGAUUCAAGAACUAUUUCCGUUGAAUGGCAGUCGCAGCACAUCUGUGCCAUCGUGCUAUAUCGGUGGUCGAUCUUCGACUCCUUGACUGGAGAACCUGCGCAGCCGGAGGCGUUCACAACCCAGACUAGAGUAACGGCAUCGAAUCUCAGACUGGCUGCAAAUCGGACAUACAUUGUCAGAGUACAGGCAUACGACAGUCUCCAUAUCCCCGGGCCGGAAACGGAAAGCAAUGGGAUAACAAUCAUCUUUCAACCCCCUUAUCCCGGACGAGUGUACGACGGACCGUUCUUCCGAGUCGAUAUUGAUGAAACGCGGGUUUCUACCAGUUUGUCCGCUUCAUGGGAUGACAUGUCAACCCCAACCUGCGCUAUCCGCUCCUACUCGGUCUCGUUUGGAACCAACUAUAGAGACGCUUCGGGUGACGUUUUCCUUCUCACGAAUGUAGGACUGAACACAUCAGUGUCGUUUGAGCUGUCCACCUCGCUUCCUUCGUACGUGAGCAUCUAUACGACUGUGCAAGCGGUCACAUGUCAAGGGAACGUUGUUUCCGCUGUAUCGAAUGGCUUUUCGAUCGGCGAGCGACCACCGCCUUCGAAAGGCUACGUAUGGCUUGACAACGGCCUCGAAACGAAGAACGCAACGGCCCAGAGCUCAACGACUACCGUCACCAUAAACUGGGAGAGCUUUCACUCAACGUGGAGCCCGCUCCAAUACUACGUCGCUCUUAGUAGUUCCGCCAAUCCUGAGAACCCAACGCAGUUCCGGAAUGUUAGCACAAUCACGACCACGUACACUUUCGCCAACCUCAGUCUGAACGUCACCACUCAGUACUACGCUUUCGUCAAAGCGGUCGAUGCAUCUUUCCAAAGUGUCAUUGGCAGUUGUUCCUUCAUCGUCGAUGUAGUGCCUCCAAAACCUGGGCAUGUAUCGUUCCCCAGCUAUAGCGCUUCUGCGGUUUUGGCCAAUUCAGAAUUGAUGUGGACCUCGGAAGCCACGAGUUUGGAGUUUCUCGUUUCAAAUGUCUCCGCAAGUACCGGAAUAUUUGCCUUGGAAUACGCGGUCGUAAACGCGUCUCUUCCGGACUUAAUCGCCCGCAGGGAUACGGCGGGUAUUGGAUCGAAUCCGAGCACGGUGUUGGUUGAUAACCUGUUGAAUUUAAUGCAGUUCAACCCGGAAACGGUAAUUCAACCAUUUCAAUCUAUCGGAAAUUUUGACCAGACAGCAGGCGCCGCGAAUAUCAGCGUUGCAACAACAUUGACACCGAGUGGGACGUAUCGCGUUCUCAUCGGUGCGAUCAACGGGGCUGGGGUGAAAGCUUAUACGCUGAGUGCCCCGUUGCGCUUCGACCCGAGCCACCCAGUCGCCGGAACAGUCAAUUUGGGAUCGGACGUCACGGUGAAUCAAAAGUAUAGCGCCUUCUCAAACGAGUCGCAGAUCACUUGGCUCGAGGCGCAGGACGAGAUUGGUAUGAACUGCCCAAGGCGCUUUCAGGAUUUUCGCAAUGGCAGUCUUCCCGCCUGGAUGCGGUAUACAAGGGGUCCGGGGGAUUUCAACCUCACAACAGCUCGAGUGAACUUCCGAGACCAGUGCGCCGCGUCGAACUCCAACGGCCUAUCUCUACGAGGAAGCUCUUCUAACAACGAUUCCGAGACAUUCUCGGGCUGCGAAGUUUUGUCGAGCAUUUACGCCUCCGGUUCGUCAUUUUCUUUCCGAAUGAAGGCCUCGAAUGCUUCUCGAACCGUCAGUACCAUCAUAUUGGCGAACACGGAUCAAACUGUUCUCGAAAGAGAUUACUGGAACACGACCUACCAAACGCUUUCCGAGGCCCCUGCUUAUUCCGCACUUGGCUUUGACGUUUAUGCCGAUGCCCCUGGCGUCCUCGUUGUUUGGACAACUCAACAAGGGGAUAAAAUCUGGAGAGGCAAACAGGUUUCUUUAACUCAGAACGCCACUUCGACCUACCUUCGUUACACAGUCGCAAUCGGUCAGGAUGCAUCACGAAUUGUGGUUACGGAUGAUUCGGGCAAUGCGGUAGGAUCAGUCACGACAAGCGGGCUGGCAGCAGGCCCCAUUGCUUUCCCGGCGCUUCCCAAAGUUGCUCCGCGGUUCCGUCUCUGGAGCCUGGGCGGUGUUCUCACCACAAACGCGACUAUGAGCGUUAGUGAGAUGACUUACCCAUUAAACACAACGCAUGGUUGUAAUUACGGUGAACCGUGGAAUGAUCUUGAGUCCGGUAUACAUCAAUACGAGAUCGCGAUCGGCACCCAGCCAGGGCAAACGGAUGUCUUGUCUUUCACCCAGGUCGAUGCGAAAAGCAUUCAGCCCAACAUAUCCGCCUUUUCGGCUGGACCCGUGAACUUGCGGCCUAGCGAGCUUGUUCGACUUGGAAUGGUGUCGAGUGUCUUGCCUACGACGGUCACCACCAUCAACUGGUGUAAGCUCAAUGCUACGAUGGGAGGAUGCUCGCCACUUGCCUCCUGUGCGCAGCUUGCAGCUGUGCCCCUCGGAGGGGUCGGUGCUCAAACGAAUGUUUCAGCAAACGGCACUGUCGCAGUCACUGCAAAUGGCACAAACGCCAACAAUGUCGCGUCAAUUUCUGUGCAGCCGGCUCUCCCAUUCACUUGCGCAUGCCCUCCAGGCUACGAGGGAGAUGGAGUUGGUUUCAGUGGCUGCCGAGAUGUCGAUGAAUGCGCCGUCGCACUUGCCCAGAACGUGUCUCUUUGUGGCAAGAACGCGCAUUGCACUAAUUUACCAGGCUCUUACAUGUGCUCCUGUGAUGCUGGAUUUGCGGGGACCAACCCUUAUUCUUCAUCGGAUGGAUGUUCCGACGUAGAUGAAUGCGCAAUAUCCGCCGCCAACCAAACUACGAUUUGUGGAAAUUCAGGUUGCUGCCAAAAUCUCUCGGGGUCAUACACCUGCCAGUGCUACGAAGGUUUCCGACGGAUUGACCAGUGGACGUGCGUGGAUAUUGACGAGUGCGCAACCGGUCAGCACAAGUGCAAUAAGCUAGCUACCUGCGUUAAUACACUCGGGGGUUACCAAUGCUUGUGCCCGUCUGGGAAAGUGGGGUCUGGAGUAGGUCUACAGGGAUGUUCUUCACCUGAUCCGGAACUGAGCUGCGCAGGGGCGGCCCCACUAUACAUCGGAACCAACACCACCGGAUCGAUCAGCGGCUUUUUCAAGCGGUCCGAUAAGCGAACGCCCGUCUCAACUUUUGGCAACUGGUACAAGUUGGUGGGAACGGGGGACCAGUUAGUUGCCCGGACCCAGCGGACGCCGCAAAGAAAAUGGGACUUUUUCAUGGCAGCAUUCGGCGAUUGCUUCUUCGAUGCCAUGGCCGUUUCGGUCUGCUCUCCUUCCGUUGGACAAUGCACGCUUCAGCUCGAUGCAGCUCGUGGGCAACCAGUGUACAUCCUGGUUCUUGAUGAGGCUCCUGUGAACUAUACAAUUUCACUCUCCGCUCGCAGUUCCAAUGCUGGAAAUGCUCGCCAGUAUCAAAUGCUUCCGCGAACAACUCGAUCCGGAAGGCGCUGCAUCGAAGCGACUUCAAACAAUCAAACAUGGAAGUCAGGGAUCCCCGGUCCCGCCCCAGGCCUACCUGUGAGUCCUGUAACUCCGGAGUUCAAGGGCUGCCUCAACACACCGCGGCCGUGGAUCAAUAGUGGAAUAGAAUUACGCGGAGCGAUGGAGGGUUCCUUAUUGACCUACGAUCUGAGCCUAGCCGCCUGCGCUACAAAAUGCUCGAAUUUCAAUCUUCCGUUCUUCAGCUACCAAUCGGCUGUCAAGUAUGGCUCUUCCUCCACGUCAUCCGUAUGUGUGUGCAUGCCAAACAUUCCGCCUGGAAGUAUGGCGAGAUCGACUUCCAGUUGCUCGUACCCGAACCCCGCCGUCCGCGGGGACACGUUGUACACGAUGAGCAUCGACUUCCCGUUAUUUCAAGUCGCGCUGCCUCCGAUGUGGUGUGGAAUCUCCGAAACUUGUAAGGCAGAUGGGAGCCUUAACAAGCCGACAGACACGGUUAGCCUAGUGGCACCCCGACGGACAACAACGAACCAGACCUGUGUUCUACCAUUCUUGUACAACGCUACUCUUCAAACGGACUGCGAAAGCCUCUUGCAACGAAGUGGAUUGGUGCUCGGCCGUGCCAACCCCGUUAUACGGAAGGUGCAUAUCUGGCAACACAACGACGCCGUCGUAUAGGAUUCAGUGCGAUACUGGCUUUGCAUACAAUGCAGCAACUCAAUCGUGUGUCGACUAUGACGAAUGUUUAGAGGGAACCGAU